AUGUAUCUUUCCUGUAUCAUACCAUUUGCAGAUGCAAGAGACGCAUCUGGCGAUAAUUUGACAUUGACAUCGGCAAUAGAAUUAAAAAACGAUGAGCAAUGGAGAUUCUUCUCUUUCCUUACCUGGCAUGGUGAUGGAUUGGUGGCGAUUGCACAUGCUGAGAACGAUGCCAUUAUCAAAAUUGAUACUCAAAGUGGAGAAAUCAAGAUCUUCCACCAAUGUGCUAGAAAAGCUGUAUGGCUGGGUUUGGAUCCUACCUCCAAACUGGUAAUGGCUAAUGAGGAUGGAAAAUUCGAGCAAAUAGGAGAAGAUGGCCAGCUUCAUUUCCUGUACACUAUCUCUGCGGCUGACAGUUAUGAUGUCAAAUUCGCUCAGGAGCAUAUGCUGGUACGAACACCUAAUUUUGAGCUGUAUAUCGACGGGAAGGCGAUUCCGGACUCAGUGUCGUCUUACUUGAUUUCUGGCGAGAUAUGUCUAUAUAUCACCCUUCAUCACAAAUUGCAUAUGAUUUCAUUGACAGAUAAGCAACAAGUGACGAAAGAACGAGCUGUCGAACUUGGAAGCAGUCUCAUUGCUUGUUCAACAUCUGGCACCAGCCUAACAAUGCAGAUGCCGCGCGGGAAUCUCGAAACAAUACAUCCGAGACCCUUCGUCGUACGGGAGAUCAAGAAGUUGAUUGAUGAUCUCAAAUAUGUGGCAGCUUUGAGAGAAAUGAAGAAGCAUCGUAUCGAUAUGAAUCUUCUUGUUGACUACAAGCCUCAAAUUUUCUUGAGCCAUGUUAGCGACCUCAUUCAAGCAUCCAAAGAUCCAGAUCUCAUCAACCUUUUGAUCGCUGCUUUGAAUAACAGCUGCAGCGAAUGGUGCAAUGGUAAUGGUACACUCAGUGACAAGGUCAACCGCAUCACAGAUCUCCUAGCCAAGGAAGUGCUUUCAUUACCUUCUGAGCGGCGGAUACAUAUGCUCGUUGUAGCAUUGACAGCAAUGCUGAAAUCAGUCCCACAGCGAGUUCAGGAAGCUCUCCGUCUUAUCAAGCAGGAGACGAGCGAACGUAGGUGGUAA